UCCCAUACCUAGCAAUCUUGCACAGACUACUGAACGGGACCUCAGGCGGUCGACUACAAAAAAUAUCAUCCGCUAUUCUUGCACCAAUACCCUCGACAGCCUCAUGUUCACACCCGGGUUGCUCCGGCCACUACUAAGGAGCCGGUUGAAUGCACCCGUGUCGUUUUUCCGGCUUGAAAAACAAGCGUCUGUGGCGAUCACAAGACAUUUAAGUUCGCCGGCUGGAUCAUGGCCUUCAACGCUUAACAAACGUCCACAAAACACAGAGAGUCUUCUGAAAAUAAAGGAUUCUAUGCCCAUACAUGGAUUGCUUCCUCGCCGGUCUUAUAGUUCCGACAUACGUGGGGGGAUAGACACAAACCAGACGCAGAAAGCCCCUGAGUUAGCCGCCGACACCGAUGCUUCGGAUUUGAGGAAACAGUUGGAGCUGUCGGAGUCCGUGCUCAAACGGCUCGAAACAGCUCGACUCCAAAGCAAGCAGAACAAGAAGGAAGAGCGCAUCAAACAGGAAACCACAAAGAUAAACUUUCGUGAAAACAUGAAGACCAUCAUGCGGAUUCUCAAACUUGGCCGACCUGACAUAAAGCUCUUUUUGUAUGCAUUGGCGUUCAUCCUUUUUGCAGUUCUCUAUCCGACGACUGCCGUAAGACUUGUGGGUGCUUCCAUUGAUGCAUUCAAUGACCGUGCCAAAGAUGCCGAGGGCGAUCUUUUUAUCUGGGGCUACAAGUUCCUGACGGUGUUUGGAGUCAUGGUUCCCUUCAUGAUGGUUUCUGCAGCUUGCUUUUGGGCACGUAUUUGGCUCUUGAAGAUGUUGGGUGAGCGACUCGUGGCCCGGCUCCGACUUCGAGUCAUGAAGCAUUUAGUGAGACACGACUCGGCCUUCUACGACAACGAGAAGCACAAGGCAGGUGAUUUGAUUUCAAGACUUUCGAGCGACGCAUACGUGGUUUCGCGCUCGAUCACCAGCAACUUACCUGACGGUUUGAAAAACGUGCUUUUCGGCGUCAUCAGUGCUUACAUGAUGUUCGCAAUCAACCCGAUCUUGUUUGGUGUGAUGAUGUUGAUUUCACCUCCCAUCACGUUUGGCUCAGUAUGGUACGGAGAAAAAAUCCGGUCCUUGCUGACACGUCUCCAGGACGCCACCGCAGGGUUGACCAAAAGCAGUGAGGAAACCUUGAACUCUGUGAAAUUAGUACAGGCAUUUACGGGGGAGGAUAAGGAGCUCUCCAAGUACUCAAACCAGCUUCGGAAUGUGAUUGGCGUGGCGAAAAAAGAAGCGUUUGCGCAAUCAAACUAUUCUGUCUCUAUCUACUCCUUGUACCACACGGGCUACCUUUCAUGCUUGGCCCUCGGUGUUUAUUUGAUCCUAAACGGACAAAUGUCCACUGGUGAUGUUGUGUCGUUCACAAUGUACUCCGAGUUUUUCAACCUGGCACUCUACAGUCUCACUAAUACGUAUAUGGAAGUCAUGAAGGGUGCUGGUGCUGGUGUCAAACUUUUCGAAUUGAUUGAUUUCAAGGAUCGGGUGUCUCCAGUGAAGGGUGAAAAGAUUCCAUUGGGACUAUCUAAUGAUAUUCGGUUCAAUGACGUCGUGUUCAGCUACCCCACACGACCUAACGAUAAAAUUUUUGACGGAUGCACUUUCCUGAUUCCUUCUAGUUCAAGUACUUGUUUCGUGGCGCCAUCGGGUGCGGGAAAAUCUACAGUUGCUUCCCUUCUCUUAAGAUCCUACAAUAUCAAUAGUGGCUCAAUCGAAAUUGGUGGAAAAAACAUCAGUGAUUUCCAGGUCAGGGAACUCAGACGGAAUAUUAUUGGUAUCGUUCAGCAAGAGCCUGUUUUACUAUCAGGAACAAUUUUAGAAAACAUCGUGUAUGGUCUCACACCAAAACAAGUCAGCAGACUCACAAUGAAAGAUAUUAGAGAUGUUUCGGUUCAAGCCAAUUGUCACGAUUUCAUAGAGUCAUUCCCUGAUGGUUACGAUACAGUGAUUGGGGGGAGAGGUGCUUCUCUAUCUGGAGGUCAGAAACAAAGAAUUGCAAUUGCAAGAGCAUUGAUAAAGAAACCAUCAAUUUUAAUAUUGGACGAAGCUACUUCGGCACUUGAUUCUAAGCUGGAGACUUUGAUCAACGAGACUUUGAAAGAGCUCACGCAGCAAGGUAAAAUGACUAUUAUAUCUAUUGCUCACAGAUUAUCCACGAUUUCGAAAUCAGAGAACGUGGUUGUCCUCGGAAAAAACGGUAAGGUUAUUGAACAAGGCCGUUUCAUCACACUUAUAAAUAAUCCAGACUCGGAGCUCUCCAAGCUUUUGGAUGAAAAAACAUUCGCUGAGCAAGAGGAGCAUAUCAACGAGGAGGAAGUGAACAUGCGUGACCAGCUCGAUCAUGAGGCGGAGGAGAUAGAGAAGCUUCAAGAGGAACGCAGUAAUGAUAGCAGCGGCCUGCGUAAAGACAUGGAGACGAUUAGAACAAUCAUGGAUGAAUUACCGUAUGAGGCACGGGCGGAGUUGCUCAAGCAGUUUGCGAAGGAACUUGAGGACCAACGUCCCCAUGAGACAACUCCUCCUAGCACCAAGAUCUAAUGCCAUCUUCCAUGUAUAUAGUAUUUAUUAGGAGAGUAUUUUGAGAGGUAUAUCAUUGAGAAUUAUAUCAUCGAGCAAAUAAUACUACUGAUUGUGGAAUCAUAUUCUCGUGUCUGAUUUUUCGCCGAAAGCUCGAUAGGGGAAGUUCGCCUCUUUCCUGAA